CACAAGUCAAAAUUGAUCAACUCUAUUAUAGUGUUCAGGCUUUCUUAUCAGCCAUUCCUCCCAACGAAACAAACACUUGCCACCAAAGCGACAAGACACAACGCACAACUAGCUAGAAGAGAGGACCAAGAUAGCGAGAGACAACGUAUUGAUACCAUGGGCCCUCCACCUCCCAGCCCUCGCAUUGAAGGGCAACAACACCACAGCCGAGAGCGUGAACAUUAUCGAGGCCCUCAAAGGACCAUUACGGCGGCAGCCUCGGCGGCUCCCUUGUCUUCGUAUGCGUCGUUGGCCAGUGCGCCGCCUCCCAGCUUUGCCCGCAAAACCUCUGCCACCCCCACUGCCGCUGUCGCAAGCAAUGAUCCUGCAAGUGCCGCGGGUGGUACCUGUGGUGCUAGCGCUAGCAAUAUCAGCACGAAUGCAGCGACAUCUGCUACUUCAUCUGCCGCUCAAUAUCACCAUCAAGCUGCCACUUCGCCUCGUGGCAGUUAUCCCAUGAGUGGUGGAGGUGGUCGAACCACCAGUCUCUUGGGAGCUGGACGGUACGAUCGAGGCCGUGGAAGUAGUGGCGGUGGACGACUGGGAUUGCGAGGAUCCUAUCGAGGCGGCGGUCGUGGAGGAGGAGGUGGACGGUAUCAAUUGAGUUUGAGUUCCAGUACUAGUGCCAGUAAUAACACCACCAGCAGUGACCGCUUUGGAGAGGAACGAUAUUCCUCGCGCAAUCCAGAACUGACAUUGACACGCACGGGAAGAGGCACAAGAGGAGGAGGAGCAACAAGUGUCACGACGAGUGAUUAUGGAAUUUCUUCCAGUCGACGCAGCACUUCUGUAGCUGGCAGAGAGAGCAGCACGGCACGAGGAGGCAGAGGCCGUGGAAGAGACUACAUGUACUCGGGAGGGAGAGCAUCCAGAGGUAGUGGAGCAGGAGGCAGAUCGUAUCAUCGAGGAGGAAGAGGUUCUAAUUACAGAGACGACAAUGCAGGAAGAGGAGGACGAUUCCCCGAAAGUACCUAUGGGUCCUUGGCAGCCUCCACAAAUAAUGACAACAGCUAUUCUUCCUUUGGUGGCGGCGACAAUAAUUCCGUGGGUGAAAUUACGACUCCUCAUCCACGCAGUGGCAGUUUCUCCGAGGAUUUGCCCAUGGAAGGGCCCUCCCCUGGAGAAAUUAGACCGUCCUCCUUUCGAGAACGAGACAGAGCCAGCAACAGCAGCGAUGGAGGACGCAGUGUUUCGCCCCAUCCAACUGGUACUACCGGUGGUCGGAGGACUGGGACGUAUGGAUCCUUUUCCAGCGCCACCAACGAGGAAUUUCGGCGUGGUGGAUCACAGGAACGAGGAAAAAGUGUGGAGCCUGGGGAACAGGAGGAAUCUCCUCACUAUGCGCCGGGUGCAAAGCGUCGUCGAGAGGAUGGUGAAGCCAGCGAAGAGUCGUCCUUUGUGAAACGUGUGGCAAGAGAACAGGAUGGUGAAGGACCACCGCCGCUUCCGUUUGCACGGGAUGGAACAGAAACCAGUACGGCAUCCAACAACAUUGAACGGGCUGGCAGCGACGCGGGUGAUGAAGCGUAUCGCAACAACGCCGCAGAUUCACGCCUUUGUGACGAAGGAAGAUGGACUUCGCCGCCAACUGACUCCCCCCAUGCCACACGGAGACUGUACUCCAGUACUGGUGACAACAACUUUGACGAUGACAGCAUUAGCAGUGGAUAUCGCGGUGAUUCCUACGGGCGCGGUGGCAGAGGCCGUGGACGAGGGAGAGGAUACCGUGGAGGAAGAGGGGGUCGUGGACAAGCAAGUGAUUACAGCAAUUUUGGAGGUCGCUAUGGCGAUCGUCGCGUGUCUUUGUCGGGGCUCUCCGAUGGACCAUCAUCCGCACGGGGACCCGAGUUAUCUCCGCGGCCUUCCUACGCGUCGUAUUCAGACUUGGCAAUAUCUUCGGCGACGGCUGCGCCUUCGUGGAGACGACAUGACGAUGAUGCUGGAUCCACGGGUGGACCACAACCGUCGCCCCGAGGCACCACGGACUGGAGAAAGACGGCACCUCCACCGCCACGAAUCAUGGUCAAUUCCUACGCCACACUGGCCGCCAAUCCGCCUCCACGUCCUUCACCGUCAGCACCAUCGUCUCCCACGAAAGCACCAGCAGCACCGGUUCCUGCUGCCGAACCCGAACGAGUUGAGGACCCACCACCGUCUCCCGCUGCGCCUUCUGGCUAUACUAAGGCAUUGGCUCGGCUUGCCGAUGUGGAAGCGCAGAUGGAAUUUGCCUUUGCCAAGCACAUCAUGCUGGUGAAGCGUCACAGGCUGCUGGAUGCCCAAUACAACCAUUUGGAAAGCUUGCCAGUCGGUGUCGAUGCUUUCCAGGCGGAACUAGACAAACUUUUAGGGCUUGGCAAGGAAGGUGAAACAGGUGAAGCUGACGAGCACGCCGCAUUAUAUGGGUCGUAGUAUUAGUACCAUAACUGUAGCUUACUUUCGUUGAUGCUCUUCU